AUGGUCAAUGCAAUUCCACAUAAACUUAUUAAAAGAACCACCAUCUUUGAACAAUGUCCCCCACCACAAGGUUCAUCGAUCGCACCUCCCUUACUCCAAGUGGCACUUUCAGCCGAUCCUCCCGUCGCUGGACAAAAGGAUACAUUGACUAUUUCCGGAAAAUUGUUAAAUGAUGUUAACGAACAAAUCAAACUUAAGAUUUCAUUUAUUGAUUUAAAUAAAACUCGCAUAGCACACCCCACUAUUGUUUCUGCUUGUACUGGAAGUGGAUGUACAAUUAAAGCUGGUGACCCAUAUACCCAAACGGUGGAAGUUCAAGUACCUAGCAACUUAACUAGUUCGUACUAUUUGUUAGUUUUUGUUGGAAAUUCACUAUAUGAACCUUUAGGCUGUGCAUUUGCUACUAUAUA